GGGGGCGUGUUGUAUGUUGGAUGGAUAUUGAUCUUGAUCAUUAAAUAUAUUGAAUCGACGACUGGGUGCGAAGCUUUCAAAGGGAGAACCAUGGAUUCUUUCACGUCUUUCUUCGAUGCGCAAUCGUCAUCUCGGAAUAGCUGGAGUUAUGAUUCGCUCAAGAAUUUCCGACAGAUUUCUCCAGUUGUGCAAACUCAUCUCAAGCAGGUUUAUCUCUCGCUAUGUUGUGCGCUGGUAGCAUCUGCAGUUGGAGCUUACCUUCACAUUCUUUGGAAUAUUGGGGGAUUUCUGACCACUCUUGGGUGCAUGGGUAGCAUCAUUUGGCUUCUCUCUACGCCUCCUUAUGAAGAGCAAAAGAGGGUGUCGCUUCUUAUGGCUGCAGCACUCUUUGAAGGAGCCUCCAUUGGUCCUCUGAUUGAGUUAGCUGUUGACUUUGAUUCAAGCAUUCUUGUUAGUGCUUUUGUCGGUUGUGCCGUGGCUUUUGGUUGUUUCUCUGCGGCUGCCAUGAUUGCGAGACGUCGAGAGUACUUGUACCUCGGAGCUCUGCUUUCUUCUGGUCUCUCCAUCCUUUUCUGGCUGCACUUUGCUUCCUCAAUUUUUGGUGGUUCCAUGGCCCUUUUCAAAUUUGAGUUGUAUUUUGGACUCUUGGUGUUUGUGGGCUACAUAGUAGUAGAUACUCAGGAUAUUAUUGAGAAGGCACAUUUUGGGGAUCUGGACUAUGUGAAGCAUGCUCUCACCCUAUUCACUGAUUUCGUUGCCGUCUUUGUCCGGAUUCUCAUCAUCAUGUUGAAGAACGCUUCUGAGAAGGAAGAGAAGAAGAAGAAGAGGAGGAACUAGAUUGGGUCUUGGCAAUUGGAGUUGAGAGCUAACUAGAGUGCAUUUUGGAAAAUAAUCCUCGUCUAUCAACUUAAUUUCCUUCUCAUUCUGACUCGUGGAAUGUUGUUAAAUAUGGUUUUCUUCUGCGUGGGAUGAUGGUACAUAUUGUAAUAGCUUUAUGAAGAUUUAAGUGAAGUUGAUGUCAAUAACGAAACAUUUCCUCUA